GUGCACAGGAAGGGGAGGGCAAUACACACACACAUGCGGCGCUGCGAUCUACUUCCUACUUGAGACGCACUUCCGGGACAUGUCACAGCUGUAAUGUUGUACUCGCUCUUUAGCCGGGCUGGGCUGGAAGCAGAGAGAUUUUCAGAUUACAGAAGCUAUAUAGAACUUUGUUUUCUUCACUAUUUGGCCAGCUUACGUUGGAUUCUGCAGAAUGGUUCUCAGUGGUAUAAAAGCUGUGUUUUUUGACCUAGAUAACACAUUGAUUGAUACUUCAGGGGCAGGCAAAAAGGCAAUUGAGGAGGUGGUGAAAGUACUUACCGAGGAAAACCAAUACAAGGAGGAUGAAGCUCAUAUUAUAUGCAACAAGUUCCAGGCAAAGCUAGGUUGUGAGACUCUGGAUUCUUCCAAAAUGACCAUUGAUGAUCUUCGUGUUCGGCACUGGGAAGAAGCAAUGCUAGAAGUCAGACAGGGAGACCACAAAGAAGUGGCCAGUGACUGCUACACAAUGUGGAAAACAAGACGCCUGCAGCUCCUGACAAUGUCACAGAGUACUAAAGACAUGCUGUGUGAACUAAGAAAAUCAACUCGCUUGGUCCUCCUCACUAAUGGUGUGCGGCAGGUCCAGAGAGAGAAAAUUGAGUCGUGUGGUGCACAACAGUUCUUCGAUGCUGUUGUGGUUGGGGGAGAACAUGCUGAAGAAAAGCCAGCACCUUCCAUUUUCUACCACUGCUGUGACCUCAUUGGAGUGUUGCCUGGGGACUGUGUGAUGGUCGGGGACAAUUUAGAUACAGAUAUCCAAGGUGGACUUAAUGCAGGCUUGAAAGCAACCAUCUGGAUAAAUCAAAAUCCUUCAAUAAAUAAAGUCAUGCCAACCCCUCACUACACCAUAAAAUCUGUAAUGGAAGUUCCUGAUGUCCUCAAAAAUGUAAAAUAGAAUUGUAGAUUGUGCGACAUAUUAGACAUAUAGAAAGGUGAAGAUAAUGGAGCACUGAUGGCUUUGUAAAUGGUGUUUUCAAUAAUAUAUUUUACGUGCAGCAAGUUAUUUCAACAAAAGCAAUGUGACAAACACAUCAGGUUUAGGUAACAUUACCAUGUUUGUGAUUUUUUUAUUACAUUUUGUAAUCAACAUUCAUUAAUAAUUUUUAUAAAAAAAAUGCAAAGACUAUUACAUUAUUAUUACAUAAAUGUAAUACAUAAAUUCCAAAACAUGAUUCUGUGUCCGUAUAGUAGCUAAAUAUAAAUAUGUAAUACAUGUGUGAUCUAAAAACUAAAUUAAACAUUCCA